AUGACUGAAUCCACGCACCCUUCCAACAUGGUUUCUCACUUUCUGCAGCCGUUUUGGGUUUCAGCCUCACUGAGCUCCUUUUCUGACACAGGUUCUUCAGACACAGAGGUGACGUGGGACUCAUCUGCGGAUGAAAGGGGUUGUGGUGGGUCCGGGAAGCGAGGCCCAUCCACGAGGGCAGCACACAAGGCAAUCCCAUGCCGAACCGAGGAGCCGUUUCCACAAGAAGAGUAUGGGGAACGGUUUGUGGAAGCUGAGGUCCUUCAGAACCACACUGGGCCAGCCAGCAGGGACAGCGCUUACUUGUGCGCCCAGUGUGGGAAAGGAUUCCGAUGGCCCUCGGCACUGGCCGUGCACCAGAGGACACACACGGGCGAGAAAAGACACCGCUGUACCGAGUGUGGGAAGCGCUUUGGCCAGCGCGGACACUUGACUGUGCAUCGGAGGAUCCACUCAGGGGAGAAGCCUUACGCGUGUCCUCAGUGCGGGAAGCAGUUUGUGGACUCCUCCCAUCUCACCAAGCACCAGAGGACCCACUUGGGGGACCGACCCCACCACUGUGCCGAGUGCGGCCGAAGGUGUGCAAAUAAGCGGUCGCUGGUACAACACCAGAGGAUUCACAGCAGGGAAAAGCUUUAG